AUGGACCGCUGGAUGUGGGGGGCCCGAGUUCUCUGCCUGUUAAGCCAGUUAUCGACCGUAUUGGGCCACAUGCACCCAGAAUGUGACUUCAUCACCCAGUUGAGAGAGGAGGAGAGUGCCUGCCUACAGGCAGCAGAGGAGAAGCCCAACACCACCCUGGGCUGCCCUAGGACCUGGGAUGGGCUGCUGUGCUGGCCGACGGCAGGCUCUGGCGAGUGGGUCACCCUCCCCUGCCCAGAUUUCUUCUCUCACUUCAGCUCAGAGUCAGGGGCUGUGAACCGGGACUGCACCAUCACUGGCUGGUCGGAGCCCUUUCCACCUUACCCCGUGGCCUGCCCUGUGCCUCUGGAGAUGCUGGCCGAGGAGAAAUCUUACUUCUCCACGGUGAAGACUAUCUACACCAUGGGCCAUAGCAUCUCUAUUGUAGCCCUCCUUGUGGCCAUCACCAUCCUGGUUGCUCUCAGGAGGCUCCACUGUCCCCGGAACUACGUCCACACCCAGCUGUUCACCACCUUUAUCCUCAAGGCGGGAGCUGUGUUCCUGAAGGAUGCCGCCCUCUUCCACGCCGAUGACACUGACCACUGCAGCUUCUCCACUGUUCUAUGCAAGGUCUCCGUGGCCACCCUGCAUUUCGCCACCAUGACCAACUUCAGCUGGCUGUUGGCAGAAGCUGCCUACCUGACCUGCCUCCUGGCCUCUACUUCCCCCAGCUCAAGGAGAACCUUCUGGUGGCUGGUUUUCGCUGGCUGGGGGCUGCCUGUACUCUUCACUGGCACGUGGGUGGGCUGCAAGCUGGCCUUCGAGGACACUGCGUGCUGGGACCUGGACAACAGCUCCCCCUACUGGUGGAUCAUCAAAGGGCCCAUCGUCCUCUCUGUUGGGGUGAACUUUGGGCUUUUUCUCAAUAUUAUCCGCAUCCUGCUGAGGAAACUGGAGUCAGCUCAGGGCAGCCUCCAUACCCAUUCUCAGUAUUGGCGUCUCUCCAAGUCGACACUUUUCCUUAUCCCACUCUUUGGAAUUCACUACAUCAUCUUCAACUUCCUGCCUGACAACACCGGCCUGGGCAUCCGCCUCCCCCUGGAGCUGGGACUGGGCUCCUUCCAGGGCUUCAUCGUUGCCAUCCUCUACUGCUUCCUCAACCAAGAGGUGAGGACUGAGAUCUCACGGAAGUGGCAUGGCCAUGAUCCUGAGCUCCUGCCAGCCCGGAGGACCCGCGCUCAGUGGACCACGCCUUCCCGCUCGGCAGCGAAAGUGCUGACAUCUAUGUGCUAGGCUGCCCCAUCAUACCCCUGGAGUCCACACUUGAACUUGGCAGCUAUUAUGGGUCCACCACACUCUGGAGGAGGAAAGGGGCCCCUGGGGACCUUCAAGCCACAGCCCCAUCUCAGCCCGGGACAGGGGCAGCCCUUCCUCCCUGUCUCUGCCUCUGACUCUCUUUUGAGGUCUGCCUCUGACUUCUGUGGUCCCUGUGUAUCUGCUCUCAUCCAAUUCCUCUUCCUGGGGCCUGGGGCUUUAGCCCAAGGCUCAGAGGAGCCA